ACAACAAUUAGAAAGGUCACACGCGGAAAGAAGGAAAACUGAAUCGAGUGGAAAAUAAAGGAAGUUACAUUGCACAAAUUUUAUACGUGCGAAAAGAUAUUUGCCCACGAAAAUAAAUUUCAAAUAUAAAGUAAAAACUGCGUUAAUUCAAUAAUUGUAUUAUACUAGAAAGAUAAUAAAUGCUCGCUAAGUUGGUAAAGUGGAGCCGGCUUAAUCAAUUGGAUCACAAUAUGCACAUAUUACGUAGCAAUGAAUUUCGUGGUUGAAACAAAAGUUGCAAUCGCCUAUAAUUUGAGUUCCAAGCGUCAGUCAUAAACUAAAACUUUUUAAUUGUUCAAAGAGCAGGCAAGAAUACAUUGCGAAAUACCAAGUGGGACCACAGUAAAUAAAUUCUACUCGAUAAAAGAAUAAAUAAAUUUCAUCACUUCUUACCAAAUGCUCGAGAACAUGAAUGCAAAACUUUCGGCAAUAUAUUUUGAAUAGAAGGUAUUUGGAAACUUAGCUACGUCCUCAGCCGUAAACACUUAAGUAUCGAAAUAACUUAAAAUAAAUGGAAUUUUUUAUUCGAAGACCAAAGCGAUAUUCGUAAUACACAAACAUGUUUUUGAAUUUAAAACACUUCCACUUACUCGUAUGUGGCCUUAGCAGAAGAUAUUAAUAUCAACACUAAGCUAGUAGUAGGUUUAAGUAAAAAAUACUUUCUUUGCAUUAAGACUGAAAUGGUUACACGCAACAUGAAAAUCGUAACUCCUACAAAUAUAUCAAAUAGCAAGAAUAUGAAAAACAAUAAUGUUGUAAAGACAAGUUCACAUGCGAACAUAACUCAGCCAGGAAUGGCAGGUAUCAAUUCCAGCGAGUCUCCUAAUAUGAGAUGUUUUAAUGGAAAUAGUUAUAAAAAUAGCGAAACCACUAAGUCGAUUCAAACACCAAAACAAAACCAUUCUACAAACAUCAAAAAUGGUAAGAAGUCUUCCCAAUCACACAUGUUCUACAACAUUCCAACUACAUCCGUGAUAAGUCGCAAAAAAUUCUAUCAACAACAUUACCGUUAUAAUCAACAUUAUCAGCACAAUUUUUUAAAUAACAAUAAAGAAGUCAAAAAUAAUAUUACCAUUAAAAAUCAUAUGCCAGAUUUUGAUACAGCAAACCCAAUAGAUAUGCAAAAACAACAAAACAUAUCUAAAGUUGAAGAGAGUUUAAAUAAAGUGGAAGAUUAUGUAAAUAAUAAUACAACAGUAAACGCAAACUACACUUGUUUAACAAAUAUUCAUGAUGAUAACUUCGUUGCUUCCAUCAAUGACAAUUAUGUUGCUCUCUCUUCGAACAGAGCAACAACUGAAUAUAAACUAGACGUCGUUCCUUCUACAUCGCCAAAUAAGAGUGAAGCACCGAGAUUAUUAGCUUCGGAUAGCCCACCUUCUUCGGCAUCUACCAUUCAACACAAUUGCGUUGGAGAAAAUAAAGACAUCAAUCUUGAUUGCAGUAGCUGUUGGACUAAUUUGGUGACUCCUCAGUGUACUGACACGAAGUCUUUGCAAUCCUGGCCAUGGGUACACAUAAGUAGAGCCGAAAGCUCAUCCAUCAGCUCAGAAUCUUCCUGCAAUUCGUCAAUAUCUGCUUCAAUAAAUAGUAAUGCAGAAAAGAACAAUAUUCCCAACGUCAGUAUUGCAACUGCCACUAAUUCUACAAAUAAGAAAAUACAUCGAAAAAACAAUAACAAUAACAGAGGCUCCAACGCAGAUAAACGUUGUUCAUCACCACGUAUAAAGGGACUACGUCAAAAACGGGCCUCGAACAUAUCGACAACGACUGAUAAUCCGCAGAGCAAAGUGUCAUUAUUUACUGAAAGUGGAAGAAAAUCUAAAUUUGUUGAAAACCAUACAGCGAUGACAACUGCAUUGGAACCAAACACAGUUACCACAGCCUCCGCAACAACUAGUGCCGUCGAUUCUACAAUAACAGCAACAACAAAUUGUGCUACAGAUAAGGAAAUGACCUCAAAGUCUAAAAGUAGUGCAACAUUAGCCCCCCACCCUUUAUUAGCAGCUAAUGAAUUCCCUAAUAUUAUAGAGCUCCCUAAAUUGUCUGUAUCGGGGCCAGUAGUGUCUUCUAUUUCAACUAAAGCUUCAAAAGAUUCUAACGACAACGCCACACAAACAUUUAUAUUAACAUCGCCUGCCAAUUCUCCGACGCCAUCUACUGCUGGUUCUCCACCUUCGAAUUCUUAUUCAUUAGAUUUCCUACACUCAGUUGGGGUACAAAUGACAGGGGGGGCCAAUAUACCAGCUAUUGGAAAAAGUAAUUCGAUUAAUACACGCGCCACUACAGUAUACAAUACCCAAAAUACGGACGUCAUGUCGCCGGGGCGAAAUGCAUAUGCUUAUCAAAAUCUUUUAAAGCAGAGGCCGCCGCAUUUAACACACGGUCGAUAUAUGCAAAACUGUGCAAGUGGAGUUGGUGGAGUUGGCAACAAUCAUGCUAGAGAACAUCGUGGCCAUCGUUUUCAACAGCACCACCACCAUCCUCAACAACUGACGAUUGCAUCUUUUAUGCAGCAAGAACUAUUAAAUGAAAACACAAUUGGCGUCGGUAAUACCGAGACUAGUCUUAUCAGUGGCACAGGAGAUAAUAGCGGUAUUGAUGUUAAUAAUAAUAAUAGUAAUUUUGCCAAUCAACAAUCGUUUCGAAAUCUUCAUCGGCGUUGUAAUAAUUAUUACACAUCACAUUAUCAUCAGCAAGACCGUAUUUCGAAUACCCAACAACAGAGUUCUAUUACUGUUCAACCUUCUUUUCAUAGCUCAAAUGAAAAUGUAAAUGUUAAUUCAAGGGUUAGUCGAAGUUGUGGAAGCGGUGCUUACACGCAGCAACAUUCGAAGCAUAAUAAGUAUCAAAGUCAGCAAAAUAAUGGGGAUAAUUCAAUAAACCCACAUAAGCCCAGGGAUGUUUUAGAAGAGGCAGGCGCUGGUAGUGAAAAUAAUGCAAGCAAGGGAAAUUUUUCGAAAUGGUCCUCCAAGCAAAACCAAAGGUCGUUGGAUGAUAAAAGGUCUAACUGUACUUCUUCCGCAUCAAAACACUCAUCCUCGUCAUCCACAAUUUCAUCGGCAUCUUCUAACUCCUCUCAGACAUCAACCCCUUCGUACCGUCAACAGAGAAAUAAAUCUGCUACCCAAAUGAAUCUAGUCAUUGAAACAUUGCCUCGCAAAAUGAACACAACCGCCGCGCACCGUCUAAAUUGUAGGUUGCAAUAGGUUAAUUACCACAACCCACAACACCACUCGCAUUAUAGUACUGCGGUAGGAUCACAGUCCUCGAUUUCGCAACAACCUCAUCAAAAUUUUCAUAAUCUAACUUACGUCAAUACUGAGGAUCAUACCACACUGUCGAGCGUAUCAAGAUUAAACCUAACUACCACAUCGCGUAGUUCUAGUCCUUUAUUGUCACAGCCUGUGUCAAAUGCGACUGGCCCGCAACGUUUCGACACCACUUCCACGAUAUUUCCAUAUACUCCAACUCAAUUUCAGACUCAGCAGCAAUAUCAACAGAACUUUGUUCCUGGUAAGCAUUCGACAAUUAAAACUAUUACAGCUUUAAUAUUCAAUUUUUCUUUUACAUAUAUGUACCUUGAAAAAUUUACUUUGCAGUUGGGGAAUUUAGUGUGUUGCUCACAAUUGAGAGAUGCUGGUACACCAAUCGACUCAAAUCAACCAACGAGCAACGUACAGAGCACAAGAUCUCACGAGUACGAUGAUUCAGAUACUUCUUCGACAAAUUCCAUGAUACUUUUGCAGCAAAGGCACAAAUAUAAAGGACGCUCAUCAUCAUGAGCAUCCUCGACAUUUUCAACAUGCUAAUCAGCAACCCCUAAUUUCAGUGGACCUUUGCAAGCUGUGUCUAUAAUGGCAAUGACACAAUUUGUUUCAGCGUCGCAGCAUUAUACACCACAACCAUUAGUAUCACCUCAACAACAAUCGCCUUUCCAAAGUAAUGGUGUUAUAUCAAUGGUAAAUGUACCAUUCGCAGUCAAUAAUUAUACGGAUGUUGAUGAUUCCACAAAGCAACACUUGUCGCAGAAACAUCAAAGCAUGCAUCCUCAGCAAAGACAUUUUUAUUUCUCAUCAGGAGAGCACUUAAGUGCUACACCAUUAUCUGCCCACGUUACAAAUGGCGGCGGCUACUGGAGUCCGAUGCAACACUCAAAUUUUUUGUAUCCUCAACCUGCGAAUUUGAUACCGGCUACGCAGUGUGCAACACCGACAGCAACACUGUCACCUUGUUUUAAUGACCGAGAUGACCAGCAUUUCCACCAUGCAAACGUUGUUAGCCAAAAUGAGGUGCUGCCAUUGUCGGGUCAUACAAAACGCAGUUCAAAUGUACAAAUGAGCAGCACUGCAGUCAUAUCUCAGCAAUCAGCACAUCAGCACCUACGUCUACCACAGUAUACUGUAUCACAAGGUGGAAUAGUAAGUACCGGCAGCAAUGUAGCUACUCUACGUCAGCGUAAUAGUGCGCGCAGUAGUUUACAACAGACGCCACACCAUCAUCACCAAAUGUCUGGUGCACCAGCAACAUCUAUUUCUCAUGUAUAUCCGCAACAUAAUCUGCUCUUUGGAGUUCCACCAACUCACAUACGUUCGUCAACAAAUGCAUCGCAAGAAUAUUUCACGCAUACACCACCUGAUCGGUUUUUAGCUAGAGCACAUCUUAUAGAAGCCAAAGAAGCUCCAAAUUCAUUACUGAAUAACUCAAAGUGGGAUAAUCUUUCUCAAGGUAUUUGGAAUAAAUUCAUAAACUCUCAGCAAACCGAAGAAACUUUCAGGCAGAAAAUGCGUUUAUGGCGUUAUCUUUAUAUUAUUAUAAAGAAUACUUAUCCACGUUUUGGUUUAUAUCUUGUUGGAUCUACCAUAUCCGGAUUUGGGGCUGAUACGUCAGAUGUGGACAUGUGUUUGGUGUCACGCAGUACGUCCAAUGUGGAGCCCCGGAUGGAAGCUUUAUUUAACUUAACUGUCCUACGAGACUAUUUAAGCAAAUCUGCUGAGUUCGAGAAUUUCAAUGUUAUCGAAGCGAAAGUGCCAAUACUGCGCUUCAGAGAUCGUAUUCAUCAACUGGAAGUGGAUUUGAAUUUCAACAACUGUGUGGGAAUCAAAAACACUCAUUUAUUAUACUGCUACUCACAACUUGAUUGGCGUUUACGUCCCAUGGUGUUAGUUACAAAACUUUGGGCACAAUAUCACAACAUAAACAAUGCCAAAAAUAUGACUAUAUCCAGCUAUUCUUUGGUUCUUAUGGUAAUACACUUUUUGCAGUACGCCGCCAGCCCGGCUGUGCUUCCGUGCUUGCACGACUGGUUUCCUGAUAAGUUUCCAUUGCUGCGAUCAAACGACUUUGGAUAUGUGGAUAUGAACGAAACCAUUGGUCCUUACGAAUCGACUAAUACCCAAACCAUCGGUGAAUUAUUUCUUCAUUUUCUGGAGUAUUACAGUUGUUUUGAUUACACUCAAUUUGCGAUUUCGGUUCGUACUGGUGGUCUACUGCCAAUUAAUGUUUGCCGGCUUGCUAAAUCAUCAAAAAACGAUAUCCACCAAUGGAAAGAGCUCUGUAUUGAAGAACCCUUUGACUUAACAAAUACAGCGAGAUCGGUGUAUGAUUUCGAAACAUUUGAACGUGUCAAAGCGGUAUUUGUAGCCUCCUGGCGAAUACUACAAGAAACUCUUGAUCUAAGCACAAUUUUUGCACCUAUUAUCAUACCACCAUCAAACAGUAUUGUUAGCACGUUAAGAAAUCCUACAAUACAAUACAAAGACUCACAAAAUGGUAUGUCCUCGGGCAUUGCAACAAGUGGGAACAACAUUGUGAAUACCAACGGGAAUGAAUCCACAUUUUUCACUCUAUCAGAUGAUUCCAACAAUAACGCUAUAAAAAAUGUGACACAGAAGGAAAUAGUAAAUCUGAUAGUAGAUCCAUAACGGAGUUUAUUGCAAGAAAAUAACGAGAAAUUAUCAACAGGAGUAUUUGGAACCACAACUUUAUUAGGCAUAUGGGAAAUUCACUUCAAUGUCUUCAUCUACAUAUAAUUAUAAAAACGUAAUUUUAAAUUAUGCUGUGCAUAGGGAACAACACAACAACAGCAACCAAAAAUAAAUAAUAAAAAAAAAAACUAAAAGAGAAUUACGGUGCUUAAAUUUAAUGCCAUUAAUUGUUAAACAAAAAUCGAGGAAACACAAGAGAAAAAAUGAAGCCCAGCCUCAAAUAAAAGCGCACAAUAAUAUAGUAGAAAAUUUGUCUCGUUAUCACAAGAAGAAAUGAGAUUUAAUUUAUAAAAAAAAAGUGUUAUUAUAUUUAUCCACUGGUUCCAAAAGUGACACCACCGCCACCGUCGCACAUCAUAAAGAGAUAAAAGAAAAAUACAUAGGUUAGCAAAAUAGGUUAUAAAAUCAACACGAAUACAAAAACGGAAACAUAAAAUAAUCAAAAAUUUAUAAGAAAUUAUUACCCGGCGGAAGAAAUGUGAGUGGUGUUGCUUUAUAAUUGUUUUUGUAUCAGUCUAAUGUUAAGUAUCUAAUUUAUAAAAGCGGUAAAAAAAAA